AUGUGGGUAUCUUUCCAAUUUGAACGCCCAAAUCACACUGACGCCUAAAGCCCAGUUGAUUUGUCUUUAUCAGCAAAGUUACUGCACCAUGGCAAGCCCGUGGAAGAAGGUUUACUGGGUGCAUAGAGCUUCAGUACGGAAAACAGAAGAGCCUCCAAAGACCUAUGAAGAGUUUUUAAAGUUUCAAAAUUGGGAUUAUUGGCCCAGGGAUAUGGAUUUGGAUACUGAUAACACAUGGGAAAGUGAUCUGAAAAAAAUAAAAGAAGACAAUACAUUUACAUCAAUUUAUUCAUAUCUAUGGAACAAUGUUCCUAGAGUAUUUGAAGCAGGCUGUAACAUAGAGUCAAGGUUAAAGGACUGUUCUCGGUGUUUGGAAGAGCACGCUUCGAAAUUAUUUGAGUGGAACUUUAUGACUACCAAGAGAAGCAAGCCUUCCUUUUUAUAUGCUCACGAAAAAUUUGAAAAGUACAAGUUGUUCCUCCAGAAAUACCGUAAAGAAAAGAAGAUAAUGCUUUCAGAUGAAAUGAAGACGAGGAAGAACAUACAGGGUUCUAAUUUCCCAGGUUUCAAAAUAAGUGAGAUUACUCAAUUACCCAGACAUGUGGAUGCUAAACGAAUUUACCUUUUUAUUUUAAAAAGCAAUGUCAUUGAAGAAAAACUUCGUAAAAUCUGGAAAUACCACUUCCUCUCAGAAGCCUCCAUUAAUCUUUUGCAUGACUGCUUUUGGUGGUGGUUUCUCUAUAAAUUUAAGCCUGACAGAAAAAAUCAAGAUUGCUUAUUUGAUAGAAUUUCAGAAAUCUAUGUAGUGCUUUUCCUGAGCAUUCCUCUAAGUCGAAAAGAUGCAUUCUUGCAGGUGUACCCAGAUUGUCUGGCACAAGCUAUCUGUGCAGCAUUUUAUGAAUCAUUUCCAGAGUCAACAGACCUCUUUAACGAUGAAUUUAAAGAAGACCUAGGCAAUACCAUUUACCUUUGGCUGACAGGUGUAAAACCUCCAAAAGCCUUUUGGACCCAUUGGAAUGUGAAAGAUCUCACCACCGCCACUGUACACGGGAUCAAGAGAGCACCUACAGAAACACUGAUGAAAAGGAUAACAAGAAGUCAAGAACGCCUAACUAAGAUAGAUUUCAAUAUUGGACCCAUUUUAGAGAACCCAAGAAACUAUAAAAGAAUGGAAGUCAAGGAAGUACGAACUUCAGCACCAACAAUAAAGUCCCAUUAUAGGAGCUUUGGGCCUGAGUUUUGCCGCAUUCUCUUCAAUUCUGGAGGUCAGAGCCCACUGAUUUUAUAUUAUCUUAAGAAGCAUGAACCAACUGGUAAAUUCAUAACUGCUAGAUCAAACAAGUUUAAAAUCACCGAGAUAGCCAAAGAACCAUAUCCUUUUUUAUACUUUGCUUUCAUGUGCUCAGCUUCUGAACUAUUGAAAACUCAAAUGUUUCAAUUUAAAUGUCUCAGUUUAAAGAGGAACUUAAUGCAUUUUUGACCAUUGCACAAAACUUUCAUAGCAUAUUUGCCUAACCUACUUUAUGUUUUAGCUCUGAUGCUGUCAUUUUACAUGUAAGAACAGUAAAACAAACAUAAAACCUCAGAAAUAUAAGAACAGGUGUAUUAGUUGGGUGCUGGUGGCUGAGAUCCUAGCUAUUUAGGAGGCUGAGAUUUGAAGAUUGCAUUUCCAGGUCAGCCCAGGCAGGCAAAUUCGAGAGACAUUUACUUCCAGUAAGUCAUCAAAAAAUUAGGAAUGGACAGACAUGUGGCUCAAGUGGUGUAGCACCAGCCUUGAGCGAAAAAGCAAAGCAUGAGGCUCUGAGUUCAAGCCCCAGUACUGUUACAAAAAGCAAGGGAAAAGGCAUACUUAGAUACCUAGCUCUUGGAUAAGGGGCUAUCUUUGAGACUG